AUGUAUGCCCUGACUGGACCUAAAAGCCUGGAGCUUGUUGCUGCGACAUUACUUCUCUGUUGGGCAGACUGCAGCCCUUCUCCGCAGGAUGAAUUGGCUCCCCUUGAUGUACAGUUCCAUUCUUUGGAUUUCAGAAAUGUCCUACACUGGAAACAUCCACACAAAGCUGUCAAGAACCUGACAUAUUUUGUUCAGCAUAAAAUAUACGGAGACAAGGAGUGGAUUAAUUCUGAGGACUGUCAAGGCAUCCAGUCGCUGGAGUGUGAUCUGAGCCAGGCGACAUCGGAUCCCAGAGAAUGGUACUACGCCAGGAUCCGUUCCUUCUCAUCCGCGGGCUUCUCGUCCUGGGUCCUCAGCCACAGGUUUUACCCUCAAUGGGAAUCCACUUUCAGCCCACCGCAGAUAAAGGUGACCGUAACAGGACGGAUCAUUUCAGUUCAGAUCAGACCUCCGAGGUCUCCGCUGCGAGGAGAGAAGGGCUCUAGGAUACGAGUGACAAAACUGCAGAAACUGAAAUUUAGAAUAUACGUAAUGCACAAUGAUGUAGAAGAGGAAGUUUAUGAAACAGACAGCUGUUCCAAGGAGCUCGUGAUCGAGGGGCUACGUCCGAAAACCACCUACUGCCUUCAGGCUGUGUCCGUUACUCCUCGCUCAGGCCGCCAAAGCUCACGGAGUCCCAGCACCUGCAUCAGCACUCAUUGAAGGCUUAGUGUCUCCCACAGGGUAAGGCCGCUUCUGGAGCUUUGUUCAACAUGAAAAUUACACACAUGCACACUACAUAGUGAAAUGUCUGCAAUUUUUCACCAAGAUCACGUUUACUAAGACCAACUAUAAGCCUGGCUUUGCCUUUAGGUUACAUUAAAGCUGAAGUGUGUCAUUUCUGCACCGCUAGCACCAUCACCAUCAGCAAAAUAAUGACUGUUUACAUACAGGUUUCCUGAAUGUCCUCAUUUUCAUUGGGUGGAGAAAGACACCGUGCCGCCCUCAAAUCACACCACUGGUUUGAGCCAAAAGGAGUGAAAAGUGUUAACUAAAGUGUUUUUUGUUUUUUUUUUCUCAGGGAAAUCAACUAAUGCUUACUUGAAGAUACUUAGUAUUAAGUUAGGUAUUAAGUAUUACAUUUUUUUUUAUUUAAAUGCAUACACACUUCAGCUUUAAGGCUAAUGACUGUUGAAAUGAACUAAUAGUCACGUUUAGUGCCAAGAACUAAACACCAGACAGAAGCAGUUGAAUAUUAUAUAUACAAACAAAUGGUUACAGCACUUGACUGAAAGUAAA